GGCGUGUCGACGACGUCUUCGGUUGCGUCAGCGCGGAGGGCGGUCGCGCGGCGCGAGGGGCGCUCGCGCUGGCGCGGCGGCACUGCGCGGCGCCCGGCGACGACUCGCGCGCUAACGACCGCCGCGCGCACGCGCCGAUCCACGUCUCGCGGCCGCGCACUCGUCUCUUUUGCAGAGCGAUGUGCUCAAAAGUCAGCCACAUACAGAAGGCCGCCUGUCUCGUCCGGUGAUGCAGCACUCGGAUCUUACAAACCUACGCAUUCCCUUCACUACGAUAACGAUCGUCUUUCGUGCAGAUGGAGACCAUUAUGACGACCACUAAGCACGAGUAUCAUUUCGAUCGCCAUGCUGCACGAAGCGUGGACCGGGACCGCAGCCGCGAUCACUAGCCCUUGGCUCAAAACAGAAAUCCUCGAACUGGACGCUCUCAUUGCUGAAGUAAACAACAACUGCCUUAAAGAAGGCGAGGCGGAUUGCGGCGCGGAGGGUACGGGCGGCGGCGAGGCAGAGAGCCCGCCCCCCCUGCCGGCAUUCGGCUACGCCCACCAGGGCGGGCUGUCGCCGUCCCACUCGCGCAGCUACCAGGAGCUGCGGCCGGCGGCACACGCGCGCGACAUGCAGACCUACCCGCACCUCGAGGAGACGCUGUUCAAGCCGGCGGGUACGCCGGCCUCCACCGACGGCGGCAGCGUGCUUAUCUUUCGCCGCAGCCCCGAGAUGAGCCCGUCGCCGGAGCGCCGCGACGACUACCGCUCGGUGCACCCCUACGAGGCCUACACGCCGGGCCCGCCGCCCGCUUACGCCCACGAUCACCAUCAUCACGUCGACGGAGGCGGCGGUGGCAGCGGCGUGUACGCUCGCUGCGCGUACCCCGGCAGCGCGCCCUACUUCGGCAACGGCGCAGACCUGUCCUCGCAGCCUCAGAUCUGGACCUCUAGUGCAGGUGGUUCGCCGUCGUACGGCGGGUCGAGCGGCAGCGCGCCGGGCGCGGUGCUGGAGGAGUACGGCGAGGGCGGCGCGGGCGCCGGCGCCGGCGGCUCGCCCGGCAGCGGCGGCGCGCUGCCCGCCUUCAACACCCGCUUCGGCGGGACGCCCUUCGCCUGUGCCACCUCGCGCCCUUCCACGGUCUAUGGGACCACAGCUCUGUCUUCUAACGCCUACGUGCCCCAGGAAGUAUGGAUAGAAGGCAGUCGUCGACAGUACUCUGCAGCCGCCAAUCUAUCAGCAAUCGAGAUGGCGGAGAUUUUCACGGAGGGGCGCGAGUGCGUGAACUGCGGCGCCAUCGACACGCCGCUGUGGCGGCGCGACGGCACCGGCCACUACUUGUGCAACGCGUGCGGCCUCUACAACAAGAUGAACGGCAUGAACCGGCCGCCCAAGCAGCCCCGCCGGCUGGUACGUCAGCGGCACGCGGCGCACGCCGUGCCCGCGCCCGCCAACGACAUGGGAACGAAGAGACCUGGCCUGUCGUGCAGCAACUGCCGCACGACCAUGACGUCGCUGUGGCGCCGCAACGCGCACGGCGAGACCGUGUGCAACGCCUGCGGCCUCUAUUACAAACUGCACAAUAUCAACCGUCCUAUGGCCAUGAAAAAAGACUCUAUACAGACGAGAAAGCGAAAGCCUAAGAACAGCUUGAAAGCGGAGCGCACUUUGAAAAAUUUAACUCAACAUUCGCAUUCCACCGCAGUCAAAAUGGAAAAUAUCUUGGAUGCGGGUGCAACGGCGGCGUCGACCGUUGGCGAGAGCAGUCGCGGGAUGUCGCUGGGCUACUACGUGCAGCAGCAGCUGAAGCGGGAGGAGCCGCCGCCGGCGCACGGCGGCGCGCUGGCGCACCACGCGCACGCGCACCACGCGCACGCGCACCAGCCCGCGCUGCUGCACCACGUGCACGCGCAGCAGCUCUACGAGGACGAGUUCCGGCGCGCGCCCGACUCCGCCGACCGCCACGAACGCCCCACCGUCGUCUCCAUCGGCAGCUGAGCGAGUGUCCGCGAGUGCCCACACCUCCGACGAGUCGCACGAGGCGAACCUCGCUCGCCAGAACCGCGGCCCCGACUACGGAAAUCUAUCAACGGUGUUUGCGUGGUCGUUCAAGUUCAGAGUUCAGAGUUGAAAUGAGUUUCGGUGACUUUGGUUAUAAAACCGAUCUAGUACCUAUGUGCUAAACUCAAAUCAGGGUACAAAAGUAUAAUGUCAUAAAUAUAUUCUGUUAUUAUACGUAUAAGUAGCGAUUCAUUAAUAUGUCAUCGACGUGACACUACGGCGGAACAAACUGGAGUUAGCUAGGAAGACUCACCGACUCCUUGCGUAAAAUAAUAUAUAUUAAACGUUGAGAAUAAUAAUAUAGAAUCUCACUUAGUUAAGAAAUUACUUUAUUUAGCCAAGUAGUUUAGAUUAGGAAUGUGAGCGAGUUCGACCAAAGAGUCGUAGCUAGUUGACCAAAUAUUCAAUGUGUACAGUCGGAUAUCAUAAUUUUGUAAAUAUUUACAUCUUCCGUAUUUGAAAAAAAAAUACUAGAUGCGUUAAGUACACAAAUCUAAAACUUAUAAUAUACAUAUGUAUGUACCUACCUAAGUUUUACCUAAAUUACUAAUAUGAAAGUUAUCCGCCAGGUUAAAG